CGUAUUUUCUUUUCAUUCAUCAUUUACAAGCAGAAGAAGAAGAAGAAGAAGAAAGAGCUCUCUCUCUCUCUCUGUGUCUCUGUGUGUGUGUGUGUGUGUGUAAUAGUUUUGUCAUAACUUUGGGAAAUUGAUAAAGGAGCAGAAAAAUUUGCCAGUAACAUUUGGCACAUUUUCGGGUUGUUCCUGAGAAGAUAUUGAAGCUUGAUUCUGUUCACGGACUUGUGAAAAGUUGAUGUGCUUUUGAUUGGAUUUCAGGACGGAAUUUUUGAGUCCGAGGUACAACUUUUGGGAGAUUUGAGAUCAGUUUCCUGGUUGAAAAGAUCGGAAUUGAAUACAGAGACCUUAAAUAUAAGCACUGAUUUGUUCUUAUUUCUCCUUGAUAUUGCUAAAUACGAGCAUUUGAAGACUAUAUCAGCGGAAUCGUUGUUAAUCCUCCGUAUUUUUUUAGCGGAUGUUAUCUGCUCACCUCUCUUGAAACUCUUCUUGAGAGGAUAAUCUGAAUGUUUGAAACAAAAUUCGGAAUACAUAAGAUUCAAACGCUUUUGGCUUACUGAUUUAUCGGAUUCUGAAAGCAAGAGGAAAGAAAUUAUUGUCUCCGCAGAAGAAUAAGUGCAGUGAAGAGAAUAGAAAUUCCAAGGUGUACAAAAGAGGAGAUGGAGAGGAAGAACACUCAUUCCACCAAUAGAGACGGAUUGUUAUUGAGAUCCGAGUCCAGGUCAGCCGCCACGACGUCGUCUGACUUCGUGUUGCAGUGGGGGAACCGUAAAAGGUUACGCUGCAUGAAGGUCCAGGUGAAUAAUACUGACCCGAACGGUUCGGGCCCGGUUCAGCGGGCAACGGCCCGGGUAGAACGGCGGGUCGUUAGGUCGGAUCUAAACAAUAAUAGUAGCAAGGAUCCCAACUCAAAUCAGCAUAACAAUAUUAAUGCUGUUAAGAGCAACGGUGUCGGUAAUGGUUAUUUGAACUUCCGUCACCGUCCGGCUUCUCCGUCUCAUCGAAUUUUGAGGAAUUCAGAGAGUUCAAUUGGUAUGAGGGGGCAUAGCAACGGAGUGAGGGGAUUGGCCUCCCCUGAUAGAGGUGACAGGAAAGGCACUGCUACUGGUAAUAAUAAUAACACCCACCACCAUAAUAACAAGAUCAACAAUAGUAAUCAUCAUUAUAAUGAGAACCACCACGGCAGCGGCGGAGCAGGUGGUUCUGGGUCAUCGGAAACAGCCCACGAUGGCGGCAAAAAAGGCGGGUCGCAGUCCGGUGGAGACACAAUUGCUGCCGUUUGGCCGCCAAAGUUUGUACUGGCCUUGACAAACAAGGAGAAAGAAGAGGAUUUUAUGGCAUUUAAAGGGUCCAAGCUCCCUCAAAGACCCAAGAAACGGGCCAAGUUUAUUCAGCGGACACUCAAUCAGUUAGUGAGUCCUGGUGCAUGGCUAUGCGAUUUAACCCUUGAACGCUACGAGGUACGAGAGAAGAAGGUCACGAAGAAGAGACCAAGAGGGUUGAAGGCUAUGGGAAAUAUGGACUCAGACUCGGAGUAGGAGUGUUAGGAAACAGCGAAACGGUGUGUAAAUCGAAGGAAGUGGUAGUAAAAUUUGAUGGACGUGGCGGAGCAGUGAGAUUGUGAAAUUCAUUUCAUAAGAAAUGGUCUCUGCUUCUGUACUUUUGGGACUUUGCUCUCUGUGUAGAAAUUAGCUAAUGGCUUGAAAAAUAUAAUGGGUUUUGUCCCUUUUCUUCCACCCUAGACAAGUCGUCUUUGUUUCAACUCUCAAGGCAAACCAAGUGUGUGGUGGAAAUGAUGGUUAAAUUAGUCAAGGCAGGCAGGCAGGGAAAAUUAAGUAAAUUCUUUAACUAGAAAAUUAAAAUCAUCCAGCACAAGGUUAUGGAUGAUGUGUACGUACUAGUGGACCAUGCGUCUUUGCUCAUAUGUAAAGCAAAACCUCACUCGACGCCUGCAAAUAUUUCAGAGGAUGGAGAAAUCUAUUUGGUGGUUUAAACAAAAUCCCGCCUAUUUGUUAAGCAAAUAGCAUUACGGUUUUCCCUAUCUCCUAAAACACAUUCAUUAAAUUUUCCAACAUCCAUCACCAACCUGGAAAAGAAGACCAAACACACAUAUGCACUACUGUACAUUGAUGUAUCUUGGAUUUCCAGUUUCAUAACAAACUCUGUAAUGUAAAGCAAAUUAAUGAAUAAGAUGACGAAAAGAAAUAUGGAAUUAAAAAAUUAACAUGACAAUAGCCAAAAAUAAAUAAACAAAAAUAACAAAUGUAUAACCAACACAGAUCUUCUAAAAAUAAAAUUCAACCACAAACCAAACACCAAACCAAACAGAUCUGCACAAACACAAAUCAACUCCGGAAUUUCUAAAAUAUCUCUCGGCUUAUACACACACUCAAAUAUACGUAAGUAUACAUAUAAUCUCUAAAAACUUCAGAUCCUGAGCGCAGAUCCAAAGAUGAAUGAAACUACAGCGACGGCGCAACCAACGGGGAGCAACGGGGAUAUGACUCCAGCUGAUGACGUAGGAGCCGGCGCAGGUGCCUCUUGGGCCGCUGAGCUUCCGAUUAGCGCGAAAAUAGUCAGUACCGCCAUUGCAAC